CUGCCUAGGUCUGACUUGCUGUCUGACUCUCCUUCAGCUCCUGAACACCUGCCACCAAGAUGUCCUGCCAGCAGAGCCAGCAGCAGUGCCAGCCCCCUCCCAAUGUCAGCUCCGGAGGCUGCUGUGGUUUCAGCUCUGGGGGCGGCUGUGGCUCCAGCUCUGGGGGAUGCUGCAGUUCUGGGGGUGGCGGCUGCUGUCUGAGCCACCACAGGCGUCGCAGGUCCCACUGCCACAGACCCCAGAGCUCUGGCUGCUGCAGCCAGCCCUCGGGGGGCUCCAGCUGCUGUGGAGGGGGGAGUGGCCAGCACUCUGGAGGCUGCUGCUGAAGUGGACCCUGAGCCUAGAAGAGCAGAAUCCAGGACAGCAAACUGCCAAGGACAUCCCCCUUCUCCUCCUAGUCCUGCUUGAGAGGCUCACAGGUCCAAGGGAAAGCUCUGAACUUGCCAAGAGCAUAUCUUCUCCCUGGAGUCCAGAAACUCAGAUCCUCUCCUGGAUCUCCAUUCACUGGCCUUGGACCUCACCUUUCUGGCUACCCUCCCACCCUCUGUCUAAGCCCCUAGCUCACUCCAUGUCAUUUGCAGUGUGCAUCUGCUGAUUAAAGGAAUAAAACAAG